CCAAACUAAGUUGAUGUUAAAUAUAUGUUUCCAAAUAUGGUUUCUGUCAUUUGAGGUAGUUUGUCAUCACACUGAUGUAUGUUCAAGUGUUGAGAGUGACUCACGAUUGGCUGAGAGCGUGUAUGGUGUUGUAAGGUUAUAAAACCCUAUAAUAUAAUAUAAAAACGUCUUCUUCACAUCAUUAAAAGCCCAAAUCUCUCCAGACAUUUCACCAAAGACACAUGUUCUUCGUUCAUCGUGACUUAUUCACAACACAUUGACCAACAUUUGAUUAAGCCCUGCUUCGAGCUCAACAGCUGACAAAGUAAAAAUGACUCACCCCCCCAAAAAAUGAAAAGGGUGAGGAGGGUGGAGGUUGGGGGAAUGCACUCAUUGCUCUGCCUUGUCGAGGGAUUUCUCCCACAUUCUGCCCCAAAGUGGGAGUGAGCUUUAAAAAAGAGGGCUGGUCUUCCUUUCAUUUACUGCCUUUACUUGGAAUGGCUCCACUUUGAGUCUGAUGAGCCCAACCUUGAGGCUGCUCCUGCCACCGCCGCCCACCACAGGGCCGCACAUCCACUUGACCUGAGACUCUCGAGGACUUUGAUGCUCAGCACAAGGAAGCAGAGUAACUUUUGGAAGGAAGAAUCUGUCGGCUGCCUAUUUGCACUUUUCUGUAUGAACUUCUUCGCGGGCGCACAGAGCUGAUCACAUCCGACACCUGAGUCAGCAACUCUGGGAAUCAUGGUCCCCUCGCUGCUCUGGCUCCUGAUGCUGUGUGGACUUCAGGGUCUUUGGGCUCAGGACUAUGAAGAAGACUAUGAAGAAGAGGUGGUGACCACCAAGAAGAAGACCAAACUAUUUCCAUCCAAUUCCAUACCACAAAAAGCCAAAUCGCUCAUCGAUGGCGACUGCAGUUUGGAGUUGGCCUUUCUGAUUGACAGCUCGGAGAGCGCCAAGGACAACCAUGCCCAGGAGAAGCGCUUGGCCUCCGACGUGAUGGACCGGCUGCAGGGCCUCCAGCUGCAGACCGGCCGCAGCCUGGGCUCCCGAGCGGCCCUCCUUCAGUACAGCAGCCACGUUAUCAUCGAGCAGACCUUCAAACAGUGGAAAGGCAUCAGCGACUUCAAGUCCAGAAUCGCCCCGAUCGCGUAUAUCGGUCACGGCACCUACACCACGUACGCCAUCACCAACCUCACCCGCAUCUACUUGGAGGAGUCGGAGCCCAGCAGCAUCAAGGUGGCCAUUCUGCUCUACGACGGCAUCUCGCACCCCAGGAACCCAGACAUAUUCUCAGCCGUGGCUGACGCCAAGAACCAGGGCGUGCGUUUCUUCACCAUCGGCAUCACGCCGGAAGCCAAUGAGCCGACCAACAUGGCUCAGCUGCGGCUCAUUGCCAGCUCGCCCGCCUCCCGCUACCUUCACAACCUGCAGGACAGAGGCAUCGUGGACAAAGUCAUCAAGGAGAUUACGUUGCUGGCAGAUGAAGGGUGUCCCCUGGCCCAGAGCAAGUGUGCAUGCGAGAAGGGCGAGAGGGGCCCCGGGGGCCCUGCCGGCAAGAAGGGUCGUCCUGGAGAGGACGGAACUCCUGGUUCAAAAGGACAGAAGGGGGAGAGUGGGCUCGGUGGACUUCCAGGCCGCGAAGGAGGAGAGGGAAAACCAGGGUACAAAGGAGAGAAGGGAGAAAGAGGAGAGUGUGGCACACCUGGAAUUAAGGGAGACAGAGGUCCUGAGGGAAACGUUGGCCCAAGAGGAAAUCGUGGUCUUCAGGGUUUGCCUGGUCCGCUUGGUGAUAUCGGACCUGAAGGUGUGGCGGGUAAAAAAGGGGAAAGGGGACUUCCUGGGCCACCUGGAAUCCAAGGAGAAACUGGGAUCGGCCUUCCGGGACCCAAGGGGGAUGUUGGUUACCAGGGGCAACCAGGGCCCCACGGUCCUGCGGGCGUUGGCGAGCCUGGAUCACCGGGACCUCAAGGGCCACAGGGAGUCCAAGGAGAGAGAGGGCCACUAGGAGAAGGUCUCCCCGGACCAAAGGGGGAGCGAGGCUUGGGCGGGCCACGGGGGCCCAGAGGACAGCCGGGCGCCGGAAUCAAAGGAGACAAGGGGGAUUUUGGAGCUCCAGGUCUUCCAGGGCCCCUCGGCAUCACAGGAGUAGGAAUACAGGGUGAGAAGGGCGUGGAAGGACCAAGGGGGCCACCAGGGGGCAGAGGCCCACCAGGAGAGGGCAUGCCUGGAUCCAAGGGGGACCAAGGGUUGCCGGGCGAGGUUGGCGCCCCAGGGGAGAGAGGGGCUGGAGACCCUGGAGUUAAGGGUCAACCAGGAUCACCGGGAUCGUCGGGUUUGCCGGGGCUGCCGGGGGAGGACGGGGCCCCCGGACAAAAGGGUGAGGCAGGAUCUGCAGGUCUCAGGGGGCCUGAGGGGUCACCUGGAAUUGGGACUCAGGGUGAAAAGGGUGACCAAGGCCAAAGAGGAAUAAGGGGCUUGACUGGUCCACCUGGUAUAGCUGGACCCUCGGGACCAAAGGGAGAACCAGGGGCACAAGGCAGGUCAGGUUCUCCUGGUCCACCGGGCCGGUUCAUCGCAGGACCCAAGGGGGAUUCUGGCCCGAAUGGUCCUCCUGGUCCGAUCGGGGAAACUGGCUACGGACUUCCUGGUCCAAAGGGUGACCGUGGAGACGCGGGCCCUGCAGGUCCAUUCGGUCCCAAAGGAGACGGCUAUCCCGGCCCCUCAGGUCCUCCCGGUCUGCCUGGACUUCCAGGGGAAUCCGGCCCAGAAGGAGUGGGCAUCCCGGGACCAAAGGGGGAUAUUGGUUUCCGAGGGUUGCCUGGUUUACCGGGACCUCCGGGCGAAGGACUCCAAGGACCGCUGGGUAACCCUGGGCGACCAGGCCCCACGGGGCCCAUGGGGCCACAAGGACAAGGAUUUCAGGGGCCGAAGGGUGAACAGGGGGCUCAGGGUGUGACGGGGCCGAGAGGACUUCCUGGAGACGGCUUUCCUGGAGCCAAAGGUGACCGAGGCUCGUCGGGGGAGAGGGGGCUGAAGGGAAUCAAAGGAGAUCUGGGAGAUGCAGGAAGCUCGGGCCAACCUGGCCGACCUGGUAUCAAAGGUGAAGCAGGACUCACCAGAGAGGACAUCAUUCGAAUGAUCAAAGAGAUCUGCGGAUGUGGGAUCAAGUGUAAGGAGAGGCCCAUGGAGCUGGUGUUUGUCAUCGACAGCUCGGAGAGCGUGGGCCCGGAGAACUUCGAGAUCAUCAAGGACUUUGUGAACGCGCUGGUGGACCGGGUCACGGUGGGCCGCAACGCCACCAGGAUCGGCCUGGUGCUGUACAGCCUGGAGGUGAAGCUGGAGUUCAACUUGGCCCGCUUCGUCAGCAAGCAGGACAUCAAGCAGGCCAUCAGGAACAUCCCCUACAUGGGAGAGGGCACAUACACGGGCACGGCCAUCCGCAAGGCCACCCAGGACGCCUUCUACGGGUCACGUCUGGGGGUCAGCAAAGUGGCCAUCGUGAUCACCGACGGCCAGACGGACAAACGGGAGUCGGUGAAGCUGGACAUCGCGGUGCGAGAGGCGCACGCCGCUAACAUCGAGAUGUUCGCUCUGGGCAUCGUGAACUCGUCCGACCCGACGCAGGCCGAGUUCCUGAGGGAGCUGAACCUGAUCGCGUCAGACCCGGACACGGAGCACAUGUUCCUCAUCGACGACUUCAACACCCUGCCAGCUCUGGAAUCCAAGCUGGUCAGCCAGUUCUGCGAGGACGAGAACGGCGCCCUGAUAUAUAACAGAGUCACCAACGGCUACAACGGCUACGGAAACAACGGCUACAACGGCAACAGGAACGGCGUCAACGGGAAGUACGCCGUCGGCGGCUACGGAUACCGGCCUGUGACCGAGCAGGGAACUCAGACGGACACCGGCGUCCACGUGGAGAGCACACAGCGCGGCAGUAAAGGAUCCAGCUCAGCACACCACCAGGGCGGAGGAGGGCAGCAUGUGCACACGGAGACGACGAACCGGGGAACUGAGCGCGGUGACACAUUUAACCGUGAACCGAUAGAUCUCGGCCCCGUCCCUCCUUCCAGAGAGGACUCCUCCAGUGGCCGAGGUUCCUCUUCAUCAUCAUCUUCAUCAUCAUCCUCUCUAAAUAUAACCACAUCAUCCUCAGGUGUAUCUGUACAAUAUGUUCCUGCCUCAAGGCCGGCUCUCCCCAAAGAGACAGUUCCCUUGGACCCUCGCUGUGGCUUGGUCCUGGACCAGGGCACGUGUCGGGACUAUAACAUCCGCUGGUAUUACGACAAGCAGGCCAACGCCUGCGCCCAGUUCUGGUACGGAGGCUGCAACGGCAACAAGAACCGCUUCGACACGGAGGACGAGUGCAAGAGGACGUGUGUGAUCGCCAGAUCCACCGGCGGCUGAGAGAAAACAUCUGCCACACAUCUGCUGUAGAUACGUCACGGAGGGGCAGCUAGUACAGUACCAGCCUUUUCACUGGGUUACGUAAAGGUUUUCCAUAUCACCACGACAAAACACCUCACGUCUCUGGGCCUCCUCUCACCGCAGAGGCUUAGAUAGAUACCUCCACUGUUGUUUUUAUAUAUAUAUAGAUAUAUAUAUAUUCGCAUCUGGUGCAGGAGAAACUCCAUCACUCUCAGGAACACAGACGAGCAGAGUGUCUCCGCUGCAUCACAUGAUCAGUUAUAACGUUGCCUUGUCAGUGUCACAAAGAAACAUGGCAUCAAUCAAUCAACAGGCCAUAAAAUUAAAAACCGAAGCCAUCAACGUCUUCACUCAAGCGACCGCUGCAGGAUCCAACAACACAUGGCCUCUCACCACUCACAUCAAUAAAAUACACUUUGUUUUGUUUUGAUAUGAAAAUGACUGAUGCUCUGUAACGUCCUCGGAUCAUUUUGUGCUUUUGAAUGUGUCUUCGAUUUUCUGAAAGAAAAGUUAUAAUGUUUUGUGUUUACAUCAUUUUACUCGUGUCUACAUUUGUUCAACACUGACACACACACACACACACACACACACACACACACUGCCCUCUACUGGGUAACACACUGUUCACCGACUGAGCAGCAGCUGAUGUGCGAGGUGUUACUCGACUGUACUGACUGGAUAAAUCCAUGUUGUGUUGUUAAUGACCUGGUCAACCUGUGAUGUCAGACAUUUUUAAUAAAUGGGAUCUAAAACGAAUAUGUGAAAAGGCAUUGCCAUCAUAUUGAUUAAGGGACUGUAUGGAAAUUACUAGGGGGAUAUAUGGAUGGUCAGAAAAUGGAGGGUAGUGUAGUAUUUGUUUUUAUUUUUUAGGUGAGUAUUUGGGGCCAUGUUGAAGACAAAAAAAAUCUUAGAUUUUGAGAUUAAAGUCGUAAAUAAAUGAGAAAAAGUCCCAAUAAUACCAGAAUAAAGUUGGAAUUUAAUGACACUUAAAUUUGAUUUUUUUCUCCAAACAUUAUGACUUUUUCUAUUAAUAUUACGACAUCAUCUCGCUUUUCUUGUAAUGUAACAACUUUAUUCUGGAAAUCCUUCAUGUCUCACACUCAGACAGUGACAACGUUCAAAAUAAACCUCAGACUUUCCUAUUG